CAGCGGGAAAUAACCCCCCGUGGCACAAUGUCCGACAAGGUCACGUGCUUCGACGGUGCCGUUAACUAUUGCUUUUUCUGUAUUCCAGCGUUAGACGAAAGUGAGAGAGGUGGACGAAGCCACCGCCCCAUUUUGUGUGUGAGAGAGACAGAGAUUCCUUUCCAGAACCCUAAUCUCUUGUCUGAAACCUAUGGUUUCGGUUCUACUGGCGAGAUUUUAUUUGGGGAGCUCGAUCGACGCCCUCGCGCUCGUUAUCGACUUCACAGCGGCGGCUUUUGGCUGAUUGUUUGGGAUUUGAGGUGGAGACUGGGUGCCUGUGAGCCGAUGCGCUUAUUGCUCAGCUUCAGGCAAGGAGUUCUUGUUCCAAGGGUCUUAAUUGAUCAUUGUUUCGGCUUGGAGUCCAAUUAUUCGCCCAUGGCAGUAGCUAAAUGUGACAUCCAAAGUUGAUUUUUUACUACUGCAAUAUACUUUUUGAUCUCCUUUGUGUUUCUUACGUCUCUCAAGUGUUGGGAACUGGAAAUUCCAAAAGAUUGCAAACGUUUGGGCAUCAACAUCUCCAUUAAGUUGGAGAGGAAUCUCAGGGAAGGAACUUUUUGUUGGGUAGCAAAAUCCAAAGAGAAAAGGGAAAAAAUGCAACCAAAAGCAAGAAUCUAUGCUGAUCCUUCCUCUGACCUGGAUCAUUUCGACCUCCUACCUGACUCAAUUGUUCUCCUAAUCUUCAAUAAGCUUGCAGAUGUUAGAUCGCUAGGCCGCUGUUCUGCUGUUUCUAAGCGGUUCAAUUCUCUUGUCUUCACGGUCCAUGAUGUCUAUAUUAAGAUUGAUCGUGUGGUCACUGUUGAUGGUGAUUCUGACGAUCCAUUAAGCUCAUCCUCUCCCAGGCAACGGCCCCUUUUUGCCAACCUCAUAAAACUGAUGCUCUCCUCGCUCCUGAAACCCUUCCUGAACCUCCGCAGCAUCAAAGGAAGUAACAAGCCUGUCUUCCCACAGCUCUCCCAUCACUCCCCUGCACAAGUUCUCAAGGACUUCACCCAUGUCCACAACCUCCGGAUUGAACUUCCAUCAGGCGAUGUUGGAACUGAAGAAGGGGUUGUUCUAAAAUGGAGAGCUGAGUUUGGAAGUACUCUCCAGAAAUGUGUGAUCUUAGGAGGUACUAGGGUUGAUCAGAAGCCUGUCUCUUCUGAACUCGAAGCAUCUGUAGAAGACAAUGGAAGCAUUCCUGAAUCAUUCUACACAAAUGGAGGUCUCAAGCUACGUGUUGUCUGGACAAUAAGCUCGCUUAUUGCUGCUUCCACAAGGCAUUAUCUUCUCCGGCCUAUCAUAAGGAACCAUCCAACUUUGAAGAGCUUGGUUUUGACUGACACUGAUGGGCAGGGAACCUUGUGCAUGGGCGAAGAACAGCUCAAGGAGUUUAGGGAGAAGCCACUGGCACCCUUGGGAUCUUCAAACAGGACACAAGUUCCAGCUUCUAACAUGAAGUUAAAAUAUGCGCCCAUCUUGGAACUCCCAGGUGGGAUGGCAUUACAAGGAGCAACACUAGUUUGUAUCAAGCCGUCUUCCGAUGGAGGCAGUGCUGCCAAUACAAGGACUGAAACUGAUGCCUUCAUUUCUGGAGCAUUUGACGGCCCAUUCAAGACCGCAGUGAAGACUCUGAUGAAGCGACGGACAUACCUUCUGGAAAUGAAUGGUUUCUAGAUGAUUGAACUUUCCCUCUUUCUCCACACUGAUGAAGUAGCAUUUGUAUCCUCUAAACUCUUCCUGAAAGUGCAAAUUGCUAUCUUACCUUAGGUGUGAACUAGUUUGUGUUGUCCUAUGAUGCUUUGCGUCUGUAUAGCAAUAACAACUAUGCAUGUAGAAGUUACAUGAGAUUAAUAUGAAAUAUCUGUUGUAGCUUAUUAUUUC